AUGUUCCCUACUCAGAUCCGCCGGGCAGACCCCUACCCUCAGUACCGGAGCCCCUAUGGCCCCAAAUACGGCUUCCAGCCCCACGUCGCUGGUGUGACUGGCAAGCAGGCCAUCUCACUUGGCACCAAGGCUGCAGGACUCGGCGGUGUUGCUCUGUUCGCAGUCAUCUUCUACGCUUCUGGAAUCCCCAGGGUACAGCGUGAUAUCCUCCAGAGAGUGCCUUUCCUCGGCAGCUACUUCAUCAACGAGAUUCCCCCAGAGGACAACCCCUUCUAA